AUGUUCAUUCUCACCUUCCUUUUGACUGGGAUCUUCAUGCUCUCCGCCCUCAAUCCCCCAUACACAUCCACACUCAUCACAAGCACUCUGUCAAGACACACGCCACUACUUUCUGCCGCUCCUACUGGCGACUCCUCGCAUCGGCUACCUUGGAGCAAUCACCGCCAACCCUUCUUUCCGAGACUUGCGGCUUCGACAGACAUUGCGGACGACUAUCUUGGCGAGCUCAGCGGCGAGAACAACCCCUACUCAACUGAGCCUCAGGAGCUGCCUCAGACUGCCUCUGCAGAUCUUAUCAUGAAAAUCACUAGCGCUGCCACCCUCUUGUCUUCCGUCUCUCUAGAUACGUUGGUCUUCUUGGCCUGUCUCUUCGUCCUCCGUGCCAUCUGCGCCUUCAUUGUUCGCAAGUUCCGCGUCCCACGGCCCCCGUCUCCCAUGUUCGAUUCUAUCAAGAUCCCUGGUCAAGCGUUCACACCGAGCAACUCCUGCGAAGGUCACGGGCUACGCCAGUCACUAAGUGAAGAGGCCUUGAUUCCUAGCGACCAAGACGAGCUUGUGCUUUCGGAAGGUCAACUCAUUCCUGCGCAUGCUGCUCUCAAGGUCGUUUCCGUCAUUCCUGUUGAAGUGCCGGAGCCCGGUUUGCACGAAGAUGUCCUUCCUGAAAUCCCGGAAUUAACUUGUGCGACGUCCUGGUCCUCAUCCUCUGGAUUCUCCAUCACUCUUGACGAAGACGAUUGCAAGCUUCUCGAGAAUUAUAUUGAACUGAAGAAGUGCGAUCUCACUCAGUUCUCUCGGAUGUCCCUUCACCCGUCUGUCCACCUUUCCCACCUCCCACCGUCCGAGAUCCGUGCAGAAAAUGUUGCAACAGAGGCAUGA